AUGGCAAACUCUUGCCUCCAACUGUGCGGCUUUCUCCUGAGCAGCCUGGGCUGGCUCGGGAUUGUGAUCGCCACGUCCACGAAUGACUGGGUGACGAUGUGUAAGUACGGCGUGACCACCUGUAAGAAGCUGGAUGAGCUGCAGUCCAAGGGACCCUGGGAGGAGUGUGUCAUCUCCACAGCACUCUACCACUGUGUCUCCUAUACACAGAUCCUGGAGCUGCCAGCCUACAUCCAGACCACUCGAGCCCUAAUGAUCCUAGGGUCUAUCCUGGGUCUCCCUGCGGUGAUUCUCCUUCUCAUGUCUAUGCCCUGCAUCAGCAUUGGAAAUGACGCGCAGAGCGCCAAGAACAAACGGGCCAUCCUGGGAGGCGUGCUGAUGGUUGUUGUUGCAUUGUGCGCUUUGGUGCCAACCAUCUGGUUCCCGAUCGGUGCCAACCAAGAGCUCGGCCUCAUGUCUUUCGGCUUCUCCCUCUACGCCGGAUGGGUGGGCACCGUUUUCUGCCUGCUGGGCGGAGUGAUGCUCAUGUGCUCGUCGGACUCCUCCACCUCCUCUCCACGCAGCUACCAGGACAACAACCACUAUUACUACUCCAAACACGGAGGUGGCAACCUGCCAGCAGCCUCCUCCAACCAUCAUGCCAAAAGUGCCCACGUCUAAGGUUGGAGAUCCCGUUGGGUCCCAUGGGGAUUCUUGUACAUAGAGACAUUUGCACAAAAGGCAAACAUUUAUGACGUCCAUGUUUUACCGUACGAUGUGAAGGAAUACAGACGCGAACAACAGAGAUAGAACAUUUAAUUACAGUUUGAUCCUUGUUUUUGUCCUAAAUGCCAAUUUUCCAACCUCCACACAAAGAGGUGUGGUGUGGACUCACCCCACUGUUACAUAAAUGUACAAUCUCAUAAUACAAAGGCUUGUUUAAUGAGAACCCUGAUUCUCAUUAAACAAGCCUUGGAAUCUCAUCAAUGUCUUUUUCACUGAGUACAAUUUUAAAUCUGUUUAAUACUUUUGUUUUGAUCAAAUAUGGGUGUGGUUGUGUUAAUUUUUUUUUUAAGCUAAAUUGUUCUUUUUUCUGUACAUGGAUUUUUUGGACAGUAUUACUAACUCCUGAGUGAUGGACUUGAUUAAAACGAUUUAUGACUGCGUUCAGCUAAACUGAACAUGGACCCUGACGUGAAGGUUUACCAAGCAGUGUUUAUAUCUCUGUAAAAGAAUCGGAAUUUACAGAGUAAAUGUAUUUUUUUGUUUGUUUUAACGGUCAACAAAGAGCAAAAAUUAAAUGUCACGUUUUAGAUAUACACUCUUUAUUUUUAUUUUUUCUAAUUUUGUUGUUUUAGGUUUAAUGAACACUUGUUUGACAUAAACACAUGCGGCAUUAAAACAUUUCUUAACCACA